ACAAACACAACACCAGAACAUAUGACCUGUUCAAUAAAACGGCACGAGGAGCUUCUGCAGGAAAAAUCAGCCAAUCAGCUGAUGAGGAGUUUUACUGUCCGGGACGGUCGACCAGCAGUAAGCUGUUAGCCUGAAGCCGGUAGCGGCUAAACUAGCAUGUCUCCAUGCUAGGUGUCCAGAGAUCACGUCUGCUGGUUGGGAUGUUCAGAGGGUCGAACGGCGUCUGUCUGCUCUGCUGACAGCUUCUUUUGCUGGCUGCUGUGAUUUUAAACAGGAGUUGGUGGAGUCGCGCAGUGCAGCGUCUUAAAGGGACAUGAACACAGCCCGCCUACACAGCUAAAGCGGACUUUUUUUUAAAUACCGAAUUUACCGGUAACUAGUUGCCACGGCCUCAAUUCAAGUCGUCACUGACUUCGCCGGACCCAAGCCAAGUCGACCCCCGAUCACCUCGGACCCGACGGCCCCGAGUGGCCGAGGCAACUGUAAACCGGCUCGCGGAAUACACGGGGGUGCGCGAGCGUGUUGGUGUGCAACUGUGUGAUGCUGGUGGUGGGCGUGGCCCUCAACAGCCUGGCUCUCUAUGUGUUCUGCGGGGCGUCGGCCCACUCCUCGGCCUCGGCGGUCUACACCAUAAACCUGGCCGUGGCCGACCUGCUGGUGGCGCUGUCGCUGCCCGCUCGCAUCGCCCUGUACCACAGCGGCGGGCGCUGCGCGGCCUGCUCCUACGUCCACACCUUCAGCUACUUCGUCAACAUGUACUGCAGCAUCCUGUUUCUGACCAGUAUCUGUAUCGAUCGGUACCUGGCGGUGGUUCACGCCUCCAGGACUCUCCAUCGGUGGAGGACCCCGGGAGCAGCCAGGUGCAUCAGCGGCGUGGUGUGGUUGGUUGCAGUCGUGGUGACUUACUCCUUCCAGACCUCGGCGUUGGGGUUCAGCUCCUCCUGCGUUCUCCUCCCUGCCCACUUCUACCUCAGCAUCCUGGAGUUCCUCCUCCCCCUGCUGGCCGUGGCGGGCUUCAGCCUGAGGGUCACCUGCUUCCUGUCCUCCAGCCACGGCCCGGCGGCCCAGCAGGGCCGCGCCAGGAGGACUCGUGCCAUCAGGCUCCUGGCGGCCGUCCUGGUGGUCUUCACCGUCUGCUUCACGCCCUUUCACGUGCGCCAGGUGCUGGUCUACCUCCGGGUCAGGUUUGCCGGAGAGGGGCUGGGCAGGGGGACGGAGCACGUGUUCGCCUACCACAUCACGGUGACCCUGAGCAGCCUCAACAGCUGCCUGGACCCGGUGGUGUACUGCUUUGUGACGGACAGUUUCAGGAGAAUGUGGCGGGCCCGGAGGAGGGGCAGCAGGGCGGCGGGCUGGGAGCUGGGGCACACCGGCGGGGCAAACGCCGAGAGGAACUUGGGGAGUAAAUGUCCAGGUGCCGCCCUGGCCAUAGCUCACAGCGUGGUCACGCUCACCCUCACCGGCUCGGCCCUCGCUGACCAGCCCGACCGGAGAAGCUCCUCCAGGAGCCCCGAUGAGAGAGAAAAAACCAACAAAGGUGACGGAUAAGCACGGAACAGAUCCGGGAAAGGACAAAAUAACUGCACUUUAGUCCCAAAUCUGUGACAAAAAUAAAGUGUGUUUGCAUAGAACUAAAACCUAUCAUAACCGUGACUUAUUUCAUUAAAUUUUUUGCAUAAUUUCUAUUAAAA